AUGUCCAACCCAGUCGUUCCAACCAACUCUAUCUUCAAGGAGGAUAUCCUCAAGGGCAAGGUUGCCUUUGUCACCGGUGGUGGAUCGGGUAUCUGCAAGGGCAUGGCCGAGGCAUUAGCCCGCCAUGGUGCCAAAGUGACCAUUGUCAGCAGAACCCUCUCAAAGCUCGAGGCCGCCGCCAAAGAAAUGCGCGCCUCGACUGGCGGCGAGUUCUUUGCAGUCGCUGCCGAUGUCCGUGACCCCAAGCAGGUCCAGGCUGCAGUUGAAAAGCACAUUGCCCACUACGGCCGCCUUGAUAUUCUGGUGAACGGUGCUGCUGGCAACUUCCUCUCGCUCUCACAGCACCUCUCCUUCAACGCCUUCCGUUCCGUCAUUGAGAUCGAUCUCAUCGGAACCUUCAACACCACUAAAUGCUGCUUCCCGUACUUGAAGGCCUCCAAAGGAAACAUCAUCAACGUCUCCGCGACUUUGCACUACAAUGGCCAGGUUUUCCAGUCCCAUGCCUCUGCCGCCAAGGCCGGUGUGGAUGCUCUGUCACUCGUUUGGGCCAAUGAAUGGGGUCCCCUUGGAAUCCGCUCCAACUGCAUUGCUCCUGGCCCGAUUGCCAACACUGUCGGCAUGUCAAAGUUGGCACCGGAUGCAGAGGCUGUCCGCGUGCCCAUCGGUCGAAUGGGCGAGGUCCGCGAUAUUGAACACGCAACCCUGUACCUAGCCUCCGAGGCCGGUUCAUAUGUCACUGGUCAAGUCCUGGUUGUUGAUGGUGGUAACUGGUUGCAGCCUGGAUUGGCUGCUGGAUACCCAGACAUUUGCCAGCAGGAACUCGACAUUCGCUCCAUCAUGGAGCCCGAGAGCGGCAAGAAGGCUAAGCUGUAA